AAAUGGAUUCAGUUUAUGGAAAUUCUGCAAUCAUCCUUUCAACAGUUGCUUCAAGUGAAGAAUGCUCUCGAUACAAAGAUAAAUCCACCAGCAAUAAACGUGUGCGGGAGAGAAGGAGCACUUCAAAGUGGACCUCAAAGAGGACUAAAGUUCUACUGUUAGUUCUGGGUUUCACGCUUGUUAUUUCUCUUGGAGGUCUCUGCGCUCUGUGGAUGAUUUAUAUUAAUACACUUGCAGACUUUAAUUCACUGAAAGAGCAACUGUCAGCUCAAGAGCUCAACAGCACAACUCUCAGAGACGAUAGAGAAAACGUUCUGCUUUUUGCUGUCUUGAAGGAAGCGUUCAAUGUUCUUUCAUCCAGAAACCAAACAUGUCGAGAUUGGCUGUCCUUUUACGAUGCUCAGUCUUGUAAUCUCUCUGUGAACGGCUGGACAGCUUGUCUUGGAAAGCUGUACUUCUUCAGCUCUAAUAAACUGAACUGGUCCAGCAGUCGAGAUGACUGUGUUUCUAGAGGAGCUGAUCUGGUCACCAUAACCAGCCAAUCAGAACAGGAUUUCCUAGUCUCCAAAACUACUGAGUCUCACUGGAUUGGUCUCAGUGAUCUGGAGACUGAAGGACAUUGGGUUUGGGUGAACAAGCAGACUCUCAAAGAAACUGGAGUACAGUAA